AAGGGUUUCUGUCAACUACGAACUGCCGAUGGUAAAGGUUCUCGGGGAUAUUUGUAAUAAUGCCAAAGCGAAUCCGCAGCAUCAUGUAUGUUUAUAAGAACUAAUUCAUUCCUCUCAAAUUCUUAGUGUGGAGAAGAGUAAACAUAAUCGGAAUAUUGUGACAUAUCAUUUUUGGAUAAAACUAUUUUUUUUUUUAAAUAAAAAAUCGCCUCGAAAAAAGGGAUGGUUAUAAAAAAGUGCAUUAAUAUAAUGUGACAUGUAAGGACAGAGUUUGAUAAAAUUUAUUCGUUAAGCCGAGAGAUUCAAUUCGAGUCAUCGACAAAAUCGAUGAAGCGUGUAUGUUUGAGAGUGACAGUGUAUUCGUGAAGAUAAUUAUGAGAAUUUACUGGUAAAAGGAUAUAGUGAUAGACUCGAAAGAUGUGCUCGUUAUAAGGAUUAAAACAUUAAAUGUGAUGCAAAGAGUCGCGCUUGCGACAAAGCAGACAGAAGUGAAUAAUCGCGAUCGCGACACGUGACUAGAGGCGAAAGUGUCACGUGGGAGUUGUCGCGUCUCGAAUUUGCACUCGGGACGUUUUAUUCACAAAUUUCUGCAAAAAUUCGCAAAUGUCAGGAGAGAUUUCGAUCUGUGAAAAAAAAUCACGCCGCUAAAAGAAAUCACAAAAAAUUCAUUAAACCGUGAAAUUAAUACAAAUGAGAAUUUACGAUCGUUGAUCAUUGGACGAUUCAUUUUUCUUCCCCUCAUUAUAUAAUACGAAAACAAUGAUAAAAAAAGGACUCGCACAUUGGAGGAUGAUUGCGGAAGCUGGGUGAAAUUUGCGAGAAGUUUCGUGCCGCAUGUUCGCGCGAAGGCUUUCGCUUUGAUAUAACUAACAAGUGCUCGCGACCGAGCCGGUUAAUCAACGUUGAAAGAUCAUCGGUGAGAGAAAACAUCGUUUGUUAUCAUUUCGAGUUCAAAAAAUGAGAUAAAGACAACUCGAUGCAAAAACAGACGUUUCGCGCUUCGAUGAAUAAUUAUUCUACGUUAAUUAACGCACAUUGAAGAAGACAAAGAGAAUAGCGUUAAUCCGCUCAUCGUGGAGGUAGGACAUUCGGCGAUGUAAAGGGGAACGAGUGUCAUGAGGGGGUGAUUCGUUUGACGGAGAUAUAUAUAUAUAUAUAUAUAUAUAUAUAUGCUAGUGUAGCGCACACCUGGGUAACAUCGCAAGCAAAAAAAAAAAAGAGAGAGAAAGAAGACGCGCCGUCUUCGUGUAAAAAGUUGGUAAACGCGCCCAGGGGAAAGCCCAAAGCAAGUUGCGGAGGAUGAAAAACAUUAUGGGACAACGUUUACGGCGGAAACAGCGCUCGUCAUCCAACAACUAACGAUAAAAGGGAGGAUCGUUAAGCUCGAGAAGACCCUUGCGGAAUGACCGAAGUAAGCUGGAGUAAUAGCGAAAUUGCUUUCGCUUUGAUAUACGAAAGCUGAGUGCGGUUAUUGCUGUGGUUUCUUUCCAAGAACACGUGACGGCGUCGAAAAACAAUCUCUUCGUGAGAAAUUGAGAGAAUUUCUUCGUUGAUCAAAUAAAUCGCGGGAACGUUAAACAAGAAGUCUAGUGUGAUAAUUUAAUUUUGAAGCUCGCAAGUAAUAUAACAACUAUUUUCUAUCUGUUAUCGCGGCCAACUGGUAUUCACGAUUUUUUUCUCACCAAGUAAAAGAUUAAAAUCGUGAAGAAGUAAAUCACGGCAAGAACAGCGAAAAAUUCCUAGCAUUCCGUUAGAUCUGAGAGCGCGAGGUGGAAUUUUUUUCAUGCCAAACGACGCGAUCGGUAUUCUGGAUCGUUUUAAAAAGCACUUAGCAACGCGAAGAAUAUUUCCGCGAAGAUUUGAAAUCGCGAGAAGAAAAUAAAUGGGAAAAAAAUUUCAUUCGUUCGUUCGAUUCAUCAACGAAUUCGAAUUCGCACAUUACUGACGAUUUUUUUCGAAAAAGCACGUGACAUUAUCGUGUUUCUUUGAAUGCAAAAGUCAAAGAACAUUGUGGACGCGAUUAAAGUGAAAAUUUCCGUCGGUGCAAAUUCUGAGGUGCAGAUUCUAAUUCUCUUCUUUUUUUUUCCUCAACGGUACAAACGGCCACGAUUAUCCUCCCCUCUCUUUCCCCGCGUACAAAUGUCAAGUGAACGAUGAAGUACUCGAGAGUGCUGACGAAGAAUUGGAGCGCCACUUCGCUCGGCGACGAAUCGUGCUCCAGGUGCGGCAAGUGUCUGACUAAAAUGCAGUUCGUACUACUGUCGGUGCUAUUCUGCUCUUCUCUGACGACAGGUGCCACGCUGAAGAUACUCAGAUUGGAUGUACCCAGCAUCGCCGAUCCAAGAUGGGAGAAAGUGUCACUCAAGUGCGAAUACGAUCUCAGCGGCAAGGAGCUGUAUUCGGUGACGUGGAAUAAAGACGGUCAGGAGAUAUUUAAAUAUAUGCCGGGAGCAUUGAAGCCUAAGCGACCUCAGAAUAUUACUGAUCUGUACAUCGAUCUCAGUCAUAGUGACAGCAGCCAAGUGACACUUCUGGGUCCAAACACUCAUAAAGGUGAGAUCAACUUGGCGGGAUCUUACGGCUGCGAAGUAUCAUCGGAGGGGCCAAAUUUCGAAACAGACUACAGAGAGGCGAAUAUGAGCGUGGCUAUACCACCCAAAAAACCCCCGAUACUUGACGGGAUGCGACCUUCUUACAAGAUCGGCGACAUCCUCGAAGCGGAGUGCACGUCGGAAUUGAGUUACCCCCCGGCAGUUUUAACGUUCAUCUUGAACGGUAAAGAGGUGAACAAAGCUUCUUUAAUCAAAAACUUGCCGAAUGGCAACGUAGACGGGAGUGUGGUCUCCACGACACGGUUGGGCCUAACGAUGCGUUUGGAACGGCAUCAUUUUUCCGAAGGCAGGUUAACGGUGACCUGUCAAUCGGCACUACCAGGAGUCGUCAAUGACCUGCCCUUCCAAACUAUCCAGAUUGCGACUCUUGCCGCCAGCAACCAACGUCUUGCCCAAGAACCCCCUAAAUCGGGAGUUUCAAGGUCGAAUGUCGGAAUAUUAUUUCACACGAUUCUGAUUUGCUGGAUAAUAGUCGCGAUUCACACGAUCCGUUGCAACAGUCUCAGAUUUCUACGCGUUUAAUGUCGAUCCGGGCUCUAGUUUUUGAUCGACAAAACAAAGAAAAGCGACGCCAGUAUCUUCAUUAAAUUCGUGUUAAUUAGUGCAUAUUUGUUCACGCGAUUGCGGAAGGUGUGUCGUAUGUCGGUUUCUCCCUAUGUAUUAAUCGACGAUCCGCGGAUGUUGCCGGAUGUAUGUAAUCUUUAGGGCGUGACGCGCCAAGUGUGUCGAUACACAUUUCGAUGCCCCGAAAUCUUCGCGCAUCCCGUACACGUUCAAUCGCAUGUAUACACAGUGUUAGAACACCCCGUAUAUCUCGUACAUAGAGGAUAACUCGGAGAGAGACCUGACGAUAGUAAUACAACACUACGUAAAGUAGGUCGAAACGCGAACGCCCGAUGUUGUACAUAGUGUAUAAUUGUGGAUUAGCAUUACAAAUUAUCGUGCAUAAUUAACUGGACGGAAGACGGAUAACGAUAACGGGAGAAUAACGAUGAAAGUAACAUGAGAUGUAUGUCGGGAUUCGCAGAGACACGCGCGCGGAAAAACGCGAGUGCAAUUUUUUCGAGGGGAAAAAUUAUGCAUCUCCGAGGGAUAUAUCUAUCAUUCGCACAUCCAGACCAGAAGUAUAUAGUUUAAUAAAUAUAAAUAUAAAUGUGUACACGCGCGCGCCAAUCGUAUAAUCUUAAGUACGACCCGACGCGACGUAUAGAGUAUAAAUAAUGUGUGGUUAAUUCGACUAUAUUCCCCACAUCCGAUCUUCCUCAAUGACGUGUGCGAGGUUCUACGUGUGAAGUAAGAAAUAUGAUGCUUUCGUUGCACUGUAAUUUUACAUGAACCAAGUCAUUAUUAUCGAAACGAUUACGGUAAUAAAACGAUGAUUUAAUC